CUUGGGAAGAACCGCUGCAUUUACCCUGGAGAGAAGGUUCUCCUGGCUUUUUCGGCGGGUCUUGCCUCCAGCUCAAUGUUGCGGCAGGUGCAAGAGGGUCUCAACCGAGAAGCAGCCAAGAAACUUCGCUUCAGACCAGGAAUAAUCUAUAUUGACGAGGGAGCUGUGUGUGGACGGAGCUUGGAUGAGCGAGAGAAAACCUGCAGGCAGGUUGAGGCUAUCCUGCGAGCCACAGGAUUUCCCUAUCAUCUGGCGUUCUUGGAGGAGGCGUUUGACCUUCCCACUUCUGUCCUGAACUCGCUUCCCCACAGUCCUGCUGACCAGGCUCCCAGCUACAAGGAAGCAGUGGCUGAUUUCACAAGGUGGCAGCAGCAGCAGCAGGGGAAGAGGGGGGAUGCAGACACUUCCCUGGAGGCCCGGCUGGCAGAGUGUAGCACGCCAGGCUGCUCGUGGCAGGAACGGUUGGCAUUUCUGGAUGAUGCCGGCUCUUCCCCUGCUUCCCACAUGGAAGAGCUGGCCCGCCUCUUUCGGGGUGUCAGAUCCUUAACUGCAAAAGAGGAGCUUCUGCAGACUCUCCGGACCCACCUGAUGCUGCACGUGGCUCGGAAAAAUGGAUACACGAAGGUGAUGGUGGGAGAUAGCUGCACCCGUGUGAGCACCAAGCUGCUGACCAACCUGUGUCUGGGACGUGGGGCCUUCCUGGCUAUGGACACGGGCUUCUUGGACAGCCGCUAUGGGGACGUCCUGAUCCUGCGCCCAAUGCGGGAAUAUCCUGCCAAAGAGAUCGCCUUCUACAACUACCUCUUUGGGGUGCCCACCGUCUUCACGCCUGGACUGGACACCAAAGCCUCGGACAGAGCCAGCAUUCACCUUCUGAUGGAAAGCUUUCUCUGCAAGCUGCAGUCGGAAUUCCCUUCUACCAUCAGCACAGUCUACCGGACAGGAGAGAAGCUGAGUGCAGUUCCUCGAGAGGUUGAGUCUGAUGUACUGGCGGCACCGGCCCACUGCCUCCUCUGCCUCUGCCCCCUGGACACCAAUGUUGAGGACGGAUCCUCCUUGCAGGCCACGCUGCUUUCAGAAAAGCUCAGCCGGAGGCCUCCAGGUGAGGAUGGAUGUUGCGGAGAGAGGACCCAGGCAGGGUGCUGCGGAAAACCCCCAGUAGGAAGUGAGACCUCCCAGCUUGUCCCGUUGCUCUGCUAUGGCUGCCGGCUAACAGUCAAGGAGCUGAGCUGUGUGGAGUCUCUACCCCCCUACAUUCAUGAGGAGGCCAAGCACCAGCGAUGCAGGGCUGUGAUGAAACAAGAAAUCCAGGAAUUCUUGCUUGAAGAUGAUGGUUAAUUUGCAUCGGUG